UGUUUUCACUCGUUCGCUUGUUGGUUGUUGGACGAAAAACAUCGACUUUGCUGAGUUCACCAUGGAUCCAAUAGACCAUGAGAUGGCUCUUGAUACGCAUCCACCAAACGCGGACGCAGAUCUGAGCAAUCUGAGCGAGCACGACUCGGACGACGAUGACUCACUCGACCUGGCCUCGCGCGAUGCCACUCGACCCGCAGGACGAUCCGACGAGCAGCGCCAAGCAGCACGUAACGCCAGACUCGCGCUGCACAGCCAGUACGCACAGGCGGACGCGCGGCCCAAGCGAUUCGGCGAGCUGCAACAACCGGCUGGAUCAUCCGAGCCCAGCAGCGCCACACCGCACUCUGGUGUCGAGUUUCGCAAGGAUGGCAAUGGCGAUAGCGCCAUGUCUUUACAGAGUCGGCAGGGUGGUGGUGGUGGUGCUGGUGUUGGUGCUGGUGUUGGACCAGGUGGUGUUUCACAUGGUACAGCGCACCAACCGUCAUCGUCAUCACCAUCGCCAUCAACACACAGGCAACAGACAAAUGCAAUGGUAUUACAUCCACAGGACGAGUCGUCUCGGAUGGAGGUGGACGACGUGGAUGGCGAGAUUUCGUCUUCCACUCACGAACGCCUCGACAACGACGACGACGACAAUAACGAUGACGAGUAUCGCGAUGUGCUCGUUCGCGCCAUGCGCGUCUUAUUUACACGGGAGCGGCUGCAUCGCGAAGUCGAGGAGGCCGCAUCUUCUCAACUCACAGAGCAACACGAGCAGCAAAUACGAGCCAGGCAGCGACAGCAGGACGAUGAAGACGCCUACUUUGAUUCAGAGAGUCCAUCCGAAAGUGUAACAACCGCAUUUACGACCGAUGAAAUCGUGCCCCCUCCAAUCGACGGUAGCAGCGAAGAGGUUGAUUAUGAUGAUGAUUGUUUUGUCAAUGGAUAGUUCCACGAGUACAACUUUCAACGCCCGUGGUAAAUGCGUUUUGCAUGGUGGAAAUCGUUCAGGGGAAAUGUUCAACUUUUUUUGUUUCAUGUACAACACAUCACACAACAUCAC